UCCUCGCGUCACACAGACCCAGUCUGCUGAACGUUCCCCUGAUGGGUAGUGCAGUGUCUGGUUGGUCUGGUUGUUGCGUGCAGUGACUGGCCAUGAACCCGGGAUACCCGACAUCAUUUUCGGAUCAGGAGUCUGAGGACUCACAUCCUCAGAUGGAUCCCCACCUCAAAUGCAACGUACCGGACUGCGGGAACUCAUACAGGACGAAAUCAGAACUGCGAGCUCACAAGCGGUGGCACGACAAGGAAGGUUUAUAUGUUUGCGAGCUUCAGGGUUGUGAGAUGCGUUUCAGGUACCAGCAAGCUCUGGAUUACAAUAUGAUGAUUCACACCGGACAACCAUAAGAGUGUGAUGUAUGUAAGAGUAGCUUUUCUAGAGUGGGCUAUCUGAAAAAUGCAUCAGGAAAUUCACAUUCGAGAGAAGGAAAGUUUCGGCUUCAAGUACCAAGAACUGGGGUGUGAGAGGGCGUUCAAGUUGCCUUCCCAACUGAAAGCGCACAUCCUCUGGCACACGGGACAUGAGGGACACGUUUGCAGCCGGCCAGGCUGUAAGUUGAGGUUCGAGACGCUUCGUCACCUGAAGGAUCAUAUGAAGACACACAACAGAGAGAAGCCAUUUAAGUGUGAAAUUUGUGGCAAGGAUCACAUGAUGUCAAGUAGUCUCCGCUCACAUAUGAAGAGGCAUGGUCAAGAGGAAUAUGUGUCCGUGAGCCUGGAUGCGGAAUGGUAUUCCCAGAAAAAGGAUACAUGAUAGGUCAUAUGCGCUGGCAUGACGGACUUCCGGAAUAUAUGUGCGAUCAGACAGAUUGUGAGAUGGCAUUCAAAACCAAGUUUGCCCUGAAGCUACAUAUGAGGACACACACCAGAGAGAAGCCAUUUAAAUGUGACAUUUGUAAGAAGUGCUUUUCCUAUCCAGGAGGUCUCACGAAACGCAAGAAAAUUCACAUUCAAUAGGUAUAGACGAGUCCCAAUUCUUUGAACAUGAGCC